UUCUGCUGUGGGCACAAGUUCAGAACGGUUAUAAUCAGAAAAGUGAUGAUGCCCCAGGGGUCCUGCAAAAUUGAGAGAGCCUAUCUAGGAGACAGUGGAGAAUACUGGUGUGAGACUGAUGGACAAGAGAGAAGCAACCGAGUAAACAUCACUGUGACUGCUGGUUCUGUGAUAUUGGAGAGUCCUAUUCUUCCGGUCUUGGAAGGGAACACUGUGACUCUGCACUGCAGACACAGGACAACUAUCCCCAACCUCCAAGCUCUUUUCUACAAAGAUGACGUCCUUGUGCAGAGCAUUCCUGCAGAAGGAAUAACCAUUAAGAAUGUUACCAAGUCGGAUGAAGGCCUUUACAAGUGCAGCAUCUCUAAUGUUGGAGAAUCACCGGGAAGCUGGCUGGCUGUAGGAGCAAAUAACAUUUCUAUCAUCGUUCCAUCCCCUCAUGAAGAGACCCUCCCCGAUGACUCAGACUCCCCCCGUGUCUUCAGCCUGCUGUGGAUUGCUGUCACCAUUUUAAUAUUGGCUCUGGUGCUGCUGCUGGUGGGAUUCCUCCAUGUUAGGAAACACAGAGUAGUUUUCUGCUUUUCCUCAAAGACACCAACAGCAGAAUCCCAGUCAGGCGAGGACGGUCAAAUAGUCUCUGGAGAUGGAUCUGAUCCAGAUGGUGUGACGUAUGCAGUGGUUGUGACAAAGCAGAGGAAGAAUAAAGCCUCGGCAGACGCUGCUGAUAAUUUGAGCCCAGAGACAAACCACAGCAGAAAACCACAGAGGGAAAGAGAUGGGGAUGAGUCCUCGCUUCAAGCUGUUUACUCCACCUUAAAAACCAGUGAGACUCCACAAGCUCCUCCUCUGCAUGCACAGUCUGAAUCUCUGAAUCCAACAAGUGUAAAAGAGGACGAACUUCUCUAUUCCACCAUCCAGAAGGCCACAAAGAGCAGAGACACCUGACUGAAGAAAGGAGGAGAGACUCUGUGCUAGUAGAUAAAUCAGAAAUACUGCUGAAUUGUGAAGUUUUGUGUUGAACUUCUUUGUGUUUAAUCAUUUCAUUUAGUGCAUUAUGCAUUAAUAUAAUGUUUCACUUCCAUUGAAAAUAGCGUGAAACUAAAAAGAUUAUACAAUAUUAUCCUGCAUCUAUAAAAUGUCUCAUAUUGUAAAAUGUUGCUUUUUUUAGUUAAGUCUGGAACAUAAAUUUAAUAAAUGUAUAAAUAUGAAUAAAUAAAAUGGCAAUACCCACUUGCACUCUGUGCAAAACAAAGGAAAGCAUAUGUUGUAUAAGAGAUGGGAAAUAAAGUUAGGCAG